AUAAAAGGUUUAGCUAAUGUUUUUAGUUUUCUCAUUGCUAUGGAUAAAUCAAAUUCAACAAAUAUUUCAGAUUCUAAGGACCAGACUUUAAAGGUUGAAAAUUUGUCUUUUGAAGUUUGUCAAGAACUUGAGAAAGCCACUCAUGAAGUCUACGUACAAAACUUUUCCAAAAAUGAAGUCAAUGAUAAUACAAAAGCAAACGAAAAUUUGAACAAUGAUAAUGAUCCAAGAAAUUGGUCCUCAAAAAAGAAGUUGCUAGUUUUGACCAUCAUAACUAUCUGCGGAACAUCACCGACUGUUGCGCCAAUAUUUUGGGCUGCUUAUUCUGAUGAAUUCGCAACAAGAAAAAAAGCAUUUAUCGCUUCUCUUCUGCUAUUUAUUUCAGCAUCUGUGGUGUGCGCAGUCGCAACAAACAUUUGGUUGUUAACAGCAAUGCGCGCCAUUCAAUCUUGUGGUAGUUCUGCUGCAUUGCCACUUAGUGCUGGAGUUAUAAGUGACAUUUACGAUCCUCUCG